AUGUACAUCGUUGAGAGAAAAGAACAAUGGGGUGAAGGAAAAAUCGUUGGGAAAAGGCCAGAAGUUGAAUCAAGAACAACGCAUCUGCGGGCUCGCCGGGCGAUUGGUGAUUAUUCCCCAGGCUCUCAAAGGACCGUUCGUCAUCCCAUACUGUUGGAGCGGAGUUGUUCUGAAGAAGGUGAUGGGGGAGAGGGGGGCAGUCCACAUGCCUUCAACAUAAAUUCUUUCCCCCACGAACAAACCGGUUGGGCCGCUCAAAUCAAGAACUACCGCGGUGUUCCCCUUGUCAAUGGCCAACUCCCCCAACACGUUCAGGCGACGAGAGAAGGAAAGCGGUGGUUGAAGGCUAUCACCACGUUAUUUGAAGGAGAAACCAGCAGUAGAAAACUGCAAACGUUGGAUCCAACAGGUCUUCCGACGCUACACUACUCGGAUCAAAACCUCCGGUUGUCCCACUACCACCCACCCCUGUUGAUUCGACAAGCACUCUUUGCCCACCUACACCACCCGCGAGCAAGAAGAACGGAAGCCAUCCCCUCUUAUCACUCCUUCAGAGCCAGUCAGCGUACCAUCAUCGCGAUUCUCCCACUCGCCACUUCCCGAAACGCCAGGUUCAAGCGCAGACCAUCUAUCGCCAUCACACAUCGAUCUUCCGUAUUCAGAUCAGGAACAGGCAGUGGUGGUUUACCAUUGCCAAGAUUGAUGUCUGAUCAACACCUUCACACCAUCUCUCGAGGACGAAAUGUUGGUUUAGAUCGGUGA